AUGGCCAAUUUCAGCAAGACAUCCGUGUCUUCUGUGAAUUAUGGACCACAAUGUGCUGCUAUGUACAAUAAUACUCUGUCAUCGACUCACAAUAUUUCCAACAGUGGACCAGAGGAGAAUUCCAGUUCUGAUUUUAUCUUCAUGUUAUAUAGUUGCAUCUUCGCGUUAUAUAUUUGCAUCAUUGGACUUGUGGGGAAUGGAAUUGUCAUCUACCUUCUCGGUUUCCGCAUUAAAUGGAGCCAUUUCACUAUUUACAUCCUGAACCUGGCUGUUGCUGACUUUGGGAAUCUUCUGUUCCUUAAUCUGAGUGUUAUUUUAAUACUGACGAACACAGGAAGCGAACAUGGGUUUACAGCUGUUUCAUGGUUUGCCUUAUUCAUGUAUACUGCGAGUCAACUUCUAUUGACCGCCAUCAGCAUUGACAGGUGUGCCUCUGUCCUCUUCCCCAUCUGGUAUCGAUGCCGUCCGCCACCACACCUGUCCACCAUGGUGUCUGCCCUGUUGUGGGUUCUCUCCUUCCUGUCCUCCGGCAGUGGAAUAAUUUUGCAGCAUUUUGGGGCAUACGGGACAUUUCAUUUUACAUUUAUUGCAGGUUCUGCUGUUUUCUUCCCUCUGAUCAUUAUCUCCACCAUGAUUCUGUUGUUCAAAGUGUACUGUAUAUCGCAGCAGCCUCAGAGAGGAAGAGUUCUAACCAUCGUGUUAAUUACUCUCCUUUUCUACUUAAUCUUUGCUUUCCCCACGAAUGCUAUUUACACACUCAAUUAUUUUGCUGAUUAUAACUACGUCCAUCUAGAAAUAUAUGGCGACUUAGGCGCCUGCCUCAACAGCUGUGUCAACCCGGUGAUCUAUUUCCUGGUUGGGAGGAAGGAGAUGGGUCAACAAAGGCAGAGCCUGAAGGUUCUACUCCAAAGGGCUUUCCAGGAGGAGGAAGAGCAGACAGAGCAACAGGAACAGGGCAACACAACCCAGACAUCAAUCUGA